CCCAAAUUUCCAAAAAUAAAAAGAAUAUUUUUUUAUUUAAAAAAAUAAUCCAAAAUCCCUCUUUAAAACCCUCAUAUCCCUUUCGAUUCUCCUGAAUUUAGCCAAAAAAAAGUUGCAAAACUUUUUCACCCAAAUUUUCAUCCAAAAUUAAGGUAAUCUUGGUAUUAAAAAUUUGUUUUUUAUUUAAUUUUUGCAGUUGAAAUUGUGAUUCUUCAUUUUGAUUUAAGAUUGUUGUGACAUAAUCAUUAUUUAUACCCAAAAUUGAAGUAAUCUUGAUAUCAAAGAUUUGAUUUUUUUCAUCUUGAUAUUAAAGCCUCUGAGAGGUAGUGGGAUUUUAUAGUGGGUUUAUUGUUGUUGUGGUUGUUGUUUUGCAUUUGAAAUUGUGUUUUCUUGAUUCUUGAUUUUCAGCCAAAAUUGAAGUGAUCCUAGUUUCAAAGAUUUGAUUUUUAUCUUGUUGUUUUUUUGCACUUGAAAAUUGUGAUUCUUGAUUUUGAUCAUAGUACAUCAUCAAAAUUCAAAAACUUUUACCUCUUUUCAUUGUUUUCACACAAAUUUGAGGUAAUCUUGAUAUCAAAGAUUUGAUUUUUAUAUUCUUGUUUCUCUUGGAAUUGUGGUUCUUGAUUUUGAUUCAAGAUUGUUGUACCAUCUUCACUAUUUUCACCCAAAAUUGAGAGCAAUUUUAAAGUAAGAGAUUUGAUUUUUAUCUAUUUUUUGUACUUGAAAUUGUGAUUCUUAAUUUUGGUUCAAAAUUUUAGUACCAUAUUCACUAUUUUCACAUAAAUUUGAGGUAAUCUUGAAGCCAAAUAUUGUUGUACCAUAUGGGGUUUGAGAAAGAUAAAGCAAGUUCAUCCUCUCAUGUUUUACAAAUCCCAAGAGAGGAUACACCACUAUUAGUCAAGAAUCAUCACCUUUCAUCACCUUCAAAGACUUUUGCUAAUGUUUUCAUAGCUAUAGUUGGAGCUGGUGUACUUGGACUUCCAUAUACUUUCAAGAGAACAGGAUGGGUAAUGGGUGCUCUUAUGUUAUUUACAGUUGCAUUUCUCACUUACCAUUGUAUGAUGCUUCUUGUAUAUUCAAGAAGAAAGAUUGAAUCCCAUCUCAAGAUUUCGCAAAUUUCGUCUUUUGGUGAUUUGGGGUUUGCUGUUUGUGGAGGUUUUGGUAGGUUUGCUGUUGAUGCUAUGAUUGUUUUGUCACAAGCUGGUUUUUGUAUCAGUUACUUGAUUUUCAUAGCGAAUACGUUGGCUUAUUGUUUUAAUUACUCCAAAACUAACCCGAAUCCAACGAUCCUGGGGCUUCCACCUAAAGCUGUUUACAUAUGGAGCUGUUUCCCCUUUCAGUUGGGGUUGAAUUCGAUUCCAACGCUUACUCAUUUAGCUCCUUUGAGUAUUUUCGCUGACGUUGUUGAAUUAGGAGCUAUGGGGGUUGUGAUGGUUGAAGAUGUGAUUAUUUAUUUAAAGAGUAGUCAUGUUCUUGAAACUUUUGGUGGUUUUGGUGUGUUCUUCUAUGGUCUUGGUGUAGCUGUUUAUGCUUUCGAAGGCGUUGGAAUGAUAUUGCCUUUGGAAGCCGAGGCUCGAGACAAGGAUAAGUUUGGGAAAAUCUUGGGUUUUUCGAUGGCAUUGAUCUCUUUAAUGUAUGGUACUUUUGGUGUGUUGGGAUAUUUUGCUUUUGGUGAAAAUACAAAGGAUAUAAUUACUACUAAUCUUGGACAAGGAUUGCUUAGCAGCUUAGUUCAAAUCGGUCUUUGCAUAAACUUGUUCUUUACUUUCCCGUUGAUGAUGAAUCCGGUAUAUGAGGUAGUGGAAAGGAGACUGUGUGAAGGAAGGUACUGCGUUUGGCUAAGAUGGAUUACGGUUUUGGCAGUGACAUUCGUCGCAUUGUUAGUGCCAAAUUUUGCUGAUUUCUUGUCGUUGGUUGGGAGCAGUGUGUGCAUAAUUCUUGGCUUUGUGUUGCCUGCUUUGUUUCAUCUGAUCGUGUUCAAACAUGAGCUAAGAUGGUACGGUUUGGUUUCCGAUGGUGCGAUCAUCUUAUUCGCUGCAGUUUUUUCAAUCUACGGAACCUACUCUUCGUUGCUGGAGAUAUUUGGAACCAAGGAAUAAAUUGUUCGUUUUACUUUUAAUGUACAAUAUCAAGAGAUGUUUAUCAUGUACUACCCAUCAGAACUCCGAAGUUGAGCGUGUUUGAGCAAGAGUACGUACAAGGAUGGGUGAUUCCUCAGAAGUCCUCGUGUUGCAUAUCUCAUUCGGAAACAGCCUCUAGCUUCACGAGGUAGAAGUAAAUUCUGCAUGCACCCUAUCCUCCCCGGACCUCACUUAUGGGGUUAGACUGGAUAUAUUAUUGUUGUCGCAUAUAUGCAUUAUGAUUCAGAUUGGAAUUCAAUUUACUCUUGAGUGUGUUUUAUUAUCCCUACCAUAAGAGAGAGUUGUGUGAGGGACAUGAUAAUGUCCACUUAGCAUUCAUUGCAAAUGGUCAUAGUUUGUUCAGAUGGACAUUUGGCUAUCUUCAUUGUACUGUUUUAAGUAUUAAUCUAUAUCAUGAUAUGAGAACUA